AUGCCAUCCUCACAAUUUAAUUCAAGCAAAUUAUUCCUGAUAAGCCUAUCAAUCUUCAUCUUUCUUCUUCCAAACUUGGUCUUAUCACAACACGCCUGUGAAAAUAACAGCAAAGAAGAUGAAGAUGAGAACAAAUGUGCAUCUUCUUCUGAGGCAACGAAGUACAAACUGAUCGCAAUAGCUUCAACUUUUGCUUCUAGCACAGUGGGUAUAAGCCUACCAAUACUUGCGAAAAACUGGUCAUACUUAAAACCAGAAAGUGACUUGUUCUUUAUAGUAAAAGCCUUUGCGGCUGGUGUGAUUCUGGCCACUGGGUUUCUUCAUGUUCUUCCUGAUGCAUUUGAAGCCCUAGAGAAUAAUCCUUGCAUCGCAGAGAAGAAGCCAUGGGGUGAUAAGUUUCCUUUUCCUGGGUUUAUUGCCAUGGUUGCUGCGACUGUGACGUUGAUAAUGGAGGCUUUGGUUGUUGGUUAUCAUAAGAGGUGUGAAUUGACGAAGGCUCGGCCUUUGAGUGAUGAAAAUGAUGCUGAAGAACUUGGAUCACACAGAUUUGAAUCGUCGGAUAAUUUGCGGCAUACCUUGGUUUCUCAGAUUUUGGAGCUGGGAAUUGUGGUUCACUCAGCGAUCAUUGGCAUAUCUCUUGGUGCCUCCAAAAGUCCCAACACCAUCAAACCUCUGGUUGCAGCACUUAGCUUCCAUCAAUGUUUUGAAGGCAUGGGACUUGGUGGCUGCAUUGCUCAGGCGAAAUUUAAAUGCCAAACAAUUGUUGUCAUGGUGCUAUUAUUUUGCCUAACAAUCCCAAUGGGAAUAGGCAUUGGAGUGGGAAUAUCAAAUGCGUACAAUGGGAAUAGCCAAACGGCAAUAAUAGUUGAAGGAGUUCUAUUGUCAGCUUCAGCAGGCAUCCUCAUUUUCAUGGCCCUCGUUGAUCUUCUUGCCACUGACUUCAUCUUCAGCUCUAAAAUGCUAACCAGUCUUAGGCUACAACUUGGGGCUACUUCUGCACUGCUCAUGGGUCUCAUUUGUAUGACAAUUUUGGUCCAAUGGGGAGAAUAA